AUGGAGAAGCUGACGGCGGGGCUGGGCCGGCUCCGCUGGAGCCCCGCGGCGCUGCCCCUCGAUGCCAUCGUCAGUCAGUGCCGUCUGCCCACCCUGGUCUGCCUGGGGCAGGGGGAGCGCGUGGAGGGGGUGACAGCCCAGGACGUGCUGCUGCUGCACUCCUGCCGGCAGUGGACCACGGUGACAGCUCACAGCCUGGAGGAGGGACACUACGUCAUCGGCCCCAAAAUCGACAUCCCGCUCCAGUACCCAGGGAAGUUCAAGCUGCUGGACCAGGACCGGGACAUCCGUGAGCCCGUGCAGUACUUCAACAGCGUGGAGGAGGUGGCCAGCAUCUUCCCAGACAGGGUCUUUGUCAUGGAGGCCAUCACCUUCAGUGUCAAGGUGGUGUCGGGGGAGUUCAGCGAGGACAGCGAGGUCUACAACUUCACCCUGCACGCCGGGGACGAGCUGACGCCGAUGGGCCAGGCAGAAAUCCUCUGCGCCAGGAGCGUGAGGGAGAAGUCCCGGUUCAACAGCAUCCUGAGGAAGCUGGGCAAGGGCAGCCCGGGGGCAGGAGCCCGGCAGGUGAAGGGCAAAAUGCCCUGCUUGAUCUGCAUGAACCACCGCACCAACGAGAGCCUCAGCCUCCCCUUCCAGUGCAAGGGCCGCUUCAGCACCCGCAGCCCCCUGGAGCUGCGCCUGCAGGAGGGGGAGCACACGAUCCGCAGCAUCAUCGAGAAGGUUCGUCUCCCCGUCAACGUGGGGGUGCCCAGCAGGCCCGCCCGGAACCCUUACGACCUCCACUCCAUCCGGGAAGGGCACUGCUACAAACUGGUCGGCAUCAUCUCCAAGACCGUGGUCCUGUGCUGCAUCCUGCGCCGGGAGCAGCUGCUCCCCUUCCAUUUCCUGCUCCUCACCGACAUGCCGCGCUUCCAGCUGCCCGAGGGCCUGCUGGCCGGAGACCCCCAGCUGGAGAAGCUGCUGCGGGACAUCUCCUCCUACUGCCAGGACCGCUUCAACCCCGAGGAGUACUCGCGGGCGGUGCGGGAAGCCAAACCCGACCUGCCCGAGGAGAGCAUCGGCCCCCGGCGCCUCCGCCUCUGCCUCCCCUCCUGCUCCCGGGAGGAUCUCGGCCGCCCCUUCCAGCGCCUCACCCUCUGCUCCUGCCUCCCCCGGGAGCCCCCCCACACCCGCUGCCAAGGACCACGAGGGGGCGUGGGGUCCGGCACCCCACGGCCACCCGAAUUCCCCGAUCCUGACCGGGAAUACGUGACCCCCGACUGGGCUGAGCCGGAGCCGAGGACUCAGGAACCUCUGGAGAUCCCUUACGAGGAGCUCUGGAGCAACCCCAACCCCGAGGGCUGCUGCCAGCCGGGGGGGGGUGGCCGGCAGGACGCGGUCACCUUGGGGGUUGUCACCCCGCUGGGCUCCCCGCGUCGUCCCGGUGUGGCCGGGGAUGAGCCCCGUGGGGACGCCCCCCCCCCCGUGCCACCCAAAUCGGAGGCGGUGAAGGAGGAAUGUCGUCUGCUCAAUGCCCCCCCAGUGCCCCCCCGGGGCAGCCGCCCCCCGGACCCCUGCAGCCCCCAGGACCCCCGGCGCUGCCCCCGGAUGGUGCCUGCAGCUUCCCCCAGCCCCAGCCUCUCCUACUACUCCUCGGGGCUCCACGAUGGGUCCGUGCCCCGCAGCAGCCCCCCCUCACCCGAUGCCUACUCCCUUUACUGCUACCCCUGCACCUGGGGUGACUGCAAAGCCGGGGAGACCCCCGGGCGCCCGCUGCCCCCCCCCACCCAGCCCCCUCCCAUCACCUCCUGGUCGGACCCUUGGGCACACGCCGAGGCGGGGGUGGGGGGCGGCUCCUCCACGCCCCUCUCGGGGGCUGAGCCCCCCCUCAAACCUUUCCGCAGCUGCCCCCGCCUCAAGCCCCCCCACCCCCAAAAACGUUUUGCCCCCUUCGGGGCUCUCAACCCUUUUUCCAUCCCUCCCGAAUGGUCCGAAAGCUCCGAGUGGUCCAAACCUCCCCCUGCAGCCCCCACCGCCCCUUCCUCCUCCUCCUCCUCCUCCUCCCCGGAGCCCUUCGCCCCCCAGGAGGACCCAGCGGCCCCUGCACGCCCACCCAAGGAGGGGGACAGCCUCCUGCUCCGGGGGGUGUCCCCGCUGCCCCCCACCAUCCUGCGUGGGGCUGAGGGGGGGGUCACCCGUCUCUACCUGUCACCGGGAGUCCUCGAGGCGCCGCCGCCGCCCCCGCUGCCUCCAUCCUCCUCCUCCUCCUCUUCCUCGGGGCGGGCAGGGGAGAGGGGAGCAGCCCCCCCGCCCGCCGCCCCCCGUCCCAGCGGGGAUGGGUCCCCGUGGCUGCCCCCGGCGGAGCUCUCGGCGCUGUCCCUGGAGGAGGUUUCCCGGUGCCUGCGGUUCAUCGGCCUCCCCGAGGACGUCGUCGCCUUCUUCUCCCGGGAGCGAAUCGACGGCAGCAUCUUCGUGCAGCUCAGCGAGGAGAUCCUGGCCGAGGACUUCCGCCUCACCAAGCUCCAGGUGAAGAAGAUCAUGCAGUUCAUCAAGGGAUGGAGACCCAAGAUUUAG